GUUCCGUCCUUCAUAGACCCGAUGUUCCUCCUCUACAUUAAAUUUGUAUUAACAUGCUGAUUGGUGAAUGAAUGAAAAUAGUACAGCCUCUGUGCCAUUAUCUUGGUAACUUUUAAUGUCUCAUUGUGGUGAAAGAAGGGACAUUUUGACUGCAGGUCUUUUACUAUAUUACGUCAUCGUGGCAUUGCUACUUUUACUUAAAUAGCUGCUAGUUACUUGCUUUUUGUGGAUAUGAGGCUUUUAUUUUGAAGGAAUCUUACAGUCGAUGUGAAGUAACAUUUUUGUUGCCGAAACUGAAGCGAGGCUGCUGGCAGAAUAACAAGACUGUCACAGAUACAGCAUCAAGUCAUCCACAGGUGUGUGUGUGCAGGACUGUGAAGAUGACUGUCAUCACCGUGCCAGUCGACAGUAAGGGCAUAUUUCCAUCUCUGUGGCAAAUCCUGAAGGCUCUUCUCUGUCCGGGCGGCCGCCCCUGCCGCCCCUGCUGCUGCUGCUCCUCGGAGUACCAGUACCAGAGGCUGACGCAGUCUAGUGUCACCACCACCGCUCUUGGGACUCUGCAGAUCAUGGUGGGCCUGUUCAACAUCGGACUUGGGCCAGGACGAACGAGCACAAGUCCUGGAGAUUUGACCAGUUUGGGAGCAGCUUACUGGCUGGGUGCUGUGUUCAUUGUGACUGGAAUCAUGUCCAUUUUGGCCGGACAGUUCCCGUCUUCCUGCUUGGUGGGCUUCACUGUGUUCAUGAACAUUGCUGGGGCUAUCUUUGCCAUCACUGGCAUUGUGCUGUACGUCGUAGACCUGAGAAAUGUCUCUCUCCUCUGGAUGUGUGAGCGCAGCGGGAACAACACCGAUCUUUAUGGUGACAAGUGCAGAAAUGUGGCGCUCAGUGCCCAGAAUUUGUUGACACACAUGGACACCACGUUGAUCGCCAUGGCUGUUCUUCAGCUCUUUGUCAAUGUUGGACUGGCUGUUCUGUGCAUCAAGGCUCUGGUCAACAGGAAGAAGAAAGAGGGUGGCGAUGAUGUUGAGGAUCAGCAGCCACAGCUGAAGGAAGAAGUCCUCCUGACCAGUCCUGGUGAUGAAAAACAAUUCAACUAAACACAUGGAAGCUCAUGAAUAAUUGUAAUACUUUACACUCACUUGCUGAAAAUAAUCAAAAUUGCUUGAUAUCACAAGGACACUUUCUUUUUUUUCCAGUAAGUGUAUGUGCCUACAUGUUUUUCUAUCUGCUUGUGAAUU